UAUUUAAUAAAAAUACUUAUCAUACACAUCAUAUAUAUAAAUAGUGUAAUCGUUUUUAUCUCAAACUGAAAAUGGAGGUUAAUUUGUUUUUUUUCUUGUUCCCGCUGAAUCACCUUUUGAUUUUAUGAGAAUCGAUAUUAUUGUCGAUAAUUAUAUAAUUAUUAAUCAUUACAUAUAAGUUGUCAUAUUGAUUAUUCAUAAAUUCUCUAGUUAAUAUCUCUGUAUUUUUAUUAAACUUUCACACUUGUAGUGGCGCCAUUUUACUAACUUGCUACUUUAAAUUUAUUGGUUGAGCAUAGAAGGAAGCACCAAUCAUCUCUAAGAAUUGGGCUUCGUAUAUAGAAUAAAUACAAUGUUCGCAUAUACUUAUUAAUCAUUCGAUAUUUAAUGCCUUGGUUGUGUACAUAACUUAAGAAAAGGAAAUAAGUGUGCUUGUAAUUUAUUUAUCAACAAAAAUUUUUGUUAAAUUCAUUAAGUGAAUAAUUUAGAUGUUAUAUAUCACAGUAGAAAAUAUUCCUAUGAGAUGUUUUAAUUAUGAUAUUUUGUAUAUUAUUUAUUAUCUUUAUAUAUACGAGUAACAUUUUCAUGAUUAAAACAGGCGAUAAUAACAUGUAUUGCCGUGAGAAGGAUAGAUUGAUUACUUCCGACGAUAGUGAUGAAUAUUUGCUUGCAAGUGCUGAAAUUGAUACGAUGGUAAAGUUAUUGUGUCGAUAUUGCUUAGUAUGUUGUAGUAAUGAUAAUGAAGAAACACAACCCAAAAUAUGGUAUUAUCAAGAUCGGUUGCAAACUUUACCAGAAAGAGAAGUACAGUUAGGGAUGGACAACAAUGUAUCAUAUAAUAGAAUUUAUGUAACGUUAGGUCUUUCAUUAGUGAUAAAAAAUAUCGAAAAGACAGAUGCAGGAAUUUAUCGGUGUCAUGGUCAAGAAGGGCAAGAGGAAGAAUACAAAUUUAACUACAGAAUAGAACCAAUAUUUAAAGAUCAAAAUGAUACAUUUAUAGAAACAGGAAACAUUACUAAAUGGGAAGAAUAUCGUGUAAUAAAUUUACUAUCUGUGACUACACGCUUUGCUGUAUCUAAAAUGCUUGAUCUUGUCUAUCUACGACAAGAAGGUAUCAUUCUAGAAGUAAUUUCUGAAUGGGGACCAUGGGGUCCAUGUGAAAAAUGUAUACAUAAUCGAGGAAUUAAAACCCGUAGAGGAUAUUGUAGAUUGAAGCGUCAAUUUGAUAAAAGCAUUAUACUGGAUCAUACUUCUCUAAUUGUAAAGUUUUUUAAUAAGACCUCUAUGCUUCCAUGCAAAUCCAUACUUCUUCAAGAAGAAUUUCCUAUUGUCAGUAGUGCUGUAAAAUAUUUGCCGGAAUUUGUUUUGGAAGAGCCGUGUAAGAAUUGUACAAAAAUAAAGAAAAAGAAAAAAGGGAAAAAAUUUAAAUAUAGAAAGCAGUAUGUGUUCUCAGAGGGCGCUCAUUUUGCUAUCUCGUGCCCGGAAUCAGAUCUGCAAUCGCAAAUAGUUUGGAAAAAAGACUCCAUUGUUUUGAAGCAAGGUUUAAGUCGAUCGUUUCGUAAAACAGAUGCUGAAGCUCGAAUGAUGGUUGACACAUUUUCAACACUUUAUAUAAUUGACAUUACAAAAGACGAGGAAGGCAAUUAUACAUGUUACGUCGAUAACGUUAAUAUGAUGCAAAUGAAGAUCAUUGUUGUUCUUAAAUCGAGAUUUUGGACAUUAGUAUUUUUGCGUCACAUGGGUUAUCUUGGAUUCAUAUUAUUAUUAACUUCAUUUUGUUAUUGUACUGGUCUGAUUAUAACGUGUAGACGAAAGGAUACCUUUAAAGUAAUGUUUCCUGAGAAGAAGGACGUGCAAAGAAAAAUACAAUAUAAUGGAAAAGAAAAAAUAGAAGAAGAAAGUGAUCCUACAAUAUGCGUGGGGAACGAUGAUGAUUGUCGCUUAAUAGGAUGCUUUAAACGCAUCGCGAUAACGGAAAAGUGUUGUUUCAUAAUUAUAGACAUUCUUUUCAAGCCAACGAUCGAUGAUUCGUCUGAAGAAAGUAAUUAUCGUCGGCGCACGAUUCUUUUUCAUUGAUACAUA